AUGUCCAUGGGCGCGCUAGGAGGAACGGUUCCUGAUCUCAUGGAGGAGCCCAUUUCAGGAUCGCUAUUGCCUGUUGUUCUGGAGGAUGAUUCGAGUUGUCGGCCCAGUUUGCUCCUGGGAGCAGGUGUGCGAGUUAAGCGAUUUGCUGUGAUUGACGUCCAGAUUUACGUACUCAGCGUCUACGGUCAGCACGACAAGAUUUUUGGUGAAUCAGAGGCUGAUGAUAAUGGCAUGCCAGUCUCCCCUCCAGUAACCAGCCGCAUGUCAGCAGAUCAACUUAUGCAUCGUUUGCUAAGCUCACCUGCAGAAAAGGUACUCUGUCUAACAUUUCUGCGGUCAAUCACUGGGAAGCAGGCGUUCGACGGCCUCGUAGAGGGCUUGGUGAAAAUUGGUGGCGCGCCAAAAGAGGAGGUUGAGGAACUCAGGAACCACAUACCGCUGCAGAUCCCCAAGGCAUCUGAACUGCGUUUCGUAGUGAAGCCCCAGCUUGGCGAAGUUCGUUUCAGUUGUUCGGUGGUGCCUGAUGGAGAAAGAAGCUUUACGCUCCCUGGAGUAUGCGAAGGCAUUCACAAAGUGUAUUUUGGACCUGACAGUAUUGUUCAAGGCUUGGGGACUUCGUUGCUCCAUCAAAGGCCCAUCCAUGCAGCUCGAAAUAGGAUUGAUAGGUGCAACAGUGGACAGUCAGACUCUUUGAGUUCCACUGCCGGCAGUGUUUCACACUUGGAAUCAGAUUCGGGUGAGUCCCCAGCACGCGCGCGAAUUCAGGCUUGUCCUGAAACUGAAUGUGGCUUGGCUACUAUCAGCUCUGGCGUGGAAUUGAACUUCCUUGCGAAAGGGAAGCAAGGCACCACCAGCGCAUCCAGCGAGGCUGCUGCACACUUGAACGCUUGCAAUCCGCAUGGAGCAUACGAUUCAGCAGCUCUUGUGAAAGCGUGCUUGAAACAGACAAGCCAGAUAUUACCGGGGGAGGUGGAACCUUGGCCUGGGGCGAUGAGGAUAUCAGUGGAAGAGUCGGUUGCGCCGUGGAUUGUUUACCCCGACGUGUCUGAUUACGACGACGAGAAGCUGCGCUCGCAGAACAUCCAGGGCAUUUUCUACAAGCACCACACGUCAUCCCUCCGGGGCGCACUGGCACCCAAGUGGACCACACGCCACUACGAGCUGCAGUCAGGAGUCCUGCGCUAUCGGAGGCGUGUCGGUGGAAAGUAUCCCGGCUACGUUUCCCUGGUUGGUGCGAGGGUGGUUGCUGAGGGCCCGAAGGUAUCUCGACUUGGCGAGUGCUUCUUUUUCAAAGUCAUCGUGAACCAUACGACUGCUGUCACGCUCUCUAGCCCAGACAAGAGCCUGGCUACCGAAUGGGUCCAUGCAGUUGCGGGGGCCUGUGCCUUCUACAGGGCUCGCCGUUGCAUUGCCGCCGGCGUGCUCUUCGCACAUGGCGACAGCGGUGGCUCCAGUAAGGGGAGUGCAAGCGAAUCUCCAGGCACGUCGUUUUCUGUGGACAACAGCGCGUCCAGUGAGGGAAGCCAGCCGCAACGCCAGGUCCAAGCAGCCCAGCAAUUGCCAGUCUCGUCAGCUGCCCCACUAGAUCCAAAACACCUGGUGGUGGCCGUGUCGUUCAGUGAGGGAAGCCAGCAGCAACGUCAGGUCCAAGCGCCCCGGCAGGGUGCACUAUCGUCAUUCGGCUUUGGAGACCCAAGAAUGAUGCUGGCAGCCGUGACGCCACAGAGGGUUCUACCUUGGAGGCGCAUCGGAUUGUCAAUCCUCUCAACGCUAUUGGUUUUGUUAUUGGCGAGGCGCAGGCGUCGUGUGCAGCGCUGA